AUGUCUGUCUCACAUGCAAGGGCGACGCCUGCCUACCAACCAUUUCAAUGUCUCGUCUGCCAAAGUCGAUUCACCCGGCAUGAGAAUCUCAAGCGUCACUCUGCGCUUCAUUCCCGUUCUCAGGCCGAAGCCUCUCUUCCCUGCGACUUUUGCCACGCCACUUUCUCCCGGAAUGACUUGCGCAACCGACACAUGAAGAGAAAGCAUCCAGAACAUGAACAUCAACGCAUAACAAAAAGAUCUCGACGCCAACCACCAACAUCUAGACAAGACAAGGGGGAUUCGUUAUCGCCUACAGCUAUCUCGGCUACAGGAAGUCCAGAUGGCUUCUCACCGCACUCAACAAACUCUUCGAAUUCGAGUGAAGGGGACGAAAUUCAGAUGAAUAACACGAUGUGGAACACUCUAGGUUACCAGCAACAGAAGUUCGACCCUGGCUACAACACAGAGCGUGUCCAUUCUACAGCAACCACGGAUCCGAGAACCGGGGUGGAAGAUACUUCGUUGACUGCAGCUACCAUGCCACCGCACCCCUCGAUCAAUGAUUCGAGUUUAAUUGAUCAGAUCGUUCAAGGCGCCGCAGAUCUUGAACGCAAUUUAUUGAUGGGAGCAGAAUUUUUGAAGCCGACGAACUCUUUCGAUACUCAAUCUCACACGAUGAUUACUUUACAGCCAACCUUGGGUAGUCCACAUUUGCCUGACUAUAACAUCCAUCAACGCACGCACUCUAUAACUGAUAGACUGUCCCCAAGCGAUAUACCCCAGCUCCAGGAUGAUUGGUUUCCAACUCCUUUGCAGGUCAACAGAGGUUGCAGUCUGUUCUUUGCCAAUUUAUCUCACUUCCUCCCUUUUCUCCACCAGCCCACCUUUGAUCCAACACAAACGACCUCCCACCUGGUUCUCAGCAUUCUCUGCCUCGCCUACCAACAUGGGGAGGAUCCAGAAUAUAGCGAUCGAGAAGGAUCAGGCGAAAGGCUCGCUCUACGCUGUUUCCAUCAAGCCCGUGCAAUGAUUGCUUCCGAUGAGACAAGACCAGAUGCUCCAUUGCAGAACACUUCUAUAGUUCAAUCAUAUUUGCUGCUUCAGAUCUGUGCCAUGAUGUAUCUUUGUGGUGACGACUCAGCCUCUGGUUUGAAGAUGCAUACCCACAUGAUUUCACUCACUCGUGCUAGCAGAUUGACGCAGCCACUGGCAGUCAAAACUGGUGCGACAGCAGAUCUGGAAUCAUUAUGGCGGGAAUUUGUGAAAGCCGAGUCACACAAGCGAACCCUAUUUGCCGUGCAUCAGAUCGAUACACUGUGGUAUCAGUUCCUUUCUAUCCCCCGCUCAAUCUCCCAUCUCGAGAUCAAACAUGAUCUCCCCUGCCCUGAAGACCAGUGGAUGGCAUCGUCAUCCGCGGAAUGGGCUCAUCGGCAGCUGGUCGCGAGAGAUUCUGGACUCUCGGUACGAUACACAGACGCUGUGCGACGCUUCCUCUCUUCAAAUCCCGAUCUCAACACAAUCCCAUCUUUCGAUCCAUACGGUGCCAUAAACAUCGCUCAAUUCCUCAUUUCCAGUGCCCGUGAAAUUUCGGGCUGGUCAACUAUGACAGGAAUUCUCAGUAUCGAGCGAUUCGGCGCCCUGCGCUCAUCGCUCAUCGCGCUCAGUCCUUUCAUCAAGUCACAAUCCGAUGAGCCAGUGACAAAACAUGCAGUAUCCUGCGCCGCAACUUGGGAAACUGCUAUGAUAGAACUGCAGAUGUGGUCACCCUCACAUACCAGUGGAAUUAUUGAGGGGAGCAUAGAUGCUGUAUUGACACAGUCGACCUACUUGGCGCCUUCUUCGCAGUUCCUUUGCGAUCCCGAUACUGCCAAGGCCAUCCAGCCUCAUGUCAACUGGUUCCUGCGUUACCUUGAUGAAACGCUUAGUCCGAAUUCCGAGGCACCGUGGGUCACUUUUUACGCAUACAAGGCUUUCUUGAUUGCUUGGCAGCUCAUUCGUGGGGGAAUACCCGGUGCCAUGGAGGCGGUCGGUAUCCAAGAUGGGGACGUAGACAGUGCCUUGGUUUGGGCAAAAAGAGUAUUCCAGCGCAGGCAGAAAUGGCAGCUUGGAAAGUUGAUUCUCUCAUGUUUGCACGAUUUGGGUAAAUGA